GCAGCACAACUUUUCCGCGUAGCUUGUAGUGCUGCUGCACUUCCUCAUUGUCAGAAAUAGUAAAGUGCUCUUCUGUCUUGCGACGUUUUCUGACUGAAAUAACUUUCAGCGCGCUUCGUUUUGUAUUAACUCUGUGCCUUGAAAAUGUCGAAGCCUCCUCCCAAGCCAGCCAAACCAGGCCAAGUCAAAGUGUUCAGAGCCCUGUUCACCUUCGACCCCAGAACGCCAGAUGAGCUGUACUUUGAAGAAGGAGACUUCUUGUACAUCUCUGACACAAGUGACUCAAACUGGUGGAAGGGGACAUGCAGAGGAAAGACGGGACUCAUUCCAAGUAACUAUGUGGCUGAGAAUGCAGAAUCUAUUGAUAAUCCAAUGCACGAAGCAGCCAAACGAGGAAAUCUGAGCUGGCUGAGGGAAUGUGUGGAGAACAAAGUGGGAAUUAACGGGCUGGAUAAGGCUGGAAACACUGCCCUCUACUGGGCAUGUCAUGGAGGACAUAAAGAUGUGGUGGAGGUGUUGCUAAGCCAGCCUAGUGUUGAGCUCAACCAACAGAAUAAACUUGGAGACACUGCUUUGCAUGCUGCUGCCUGGAAAGGUUACUCUGACAUUGUGCAAAUGUUGCUGACCAAGGAUCCAAGGAUAGACAUCAGGAACAACGAGAACAAGCUUGCGGUUGAGAUGGCCACCAACCCCAUGUGUGCUUCAUUUAUUAGGAAGAAGCAGGGAGGCAACAUCACCCGCACACAGAGCAACGCUGAAGAGUAUUUGGACGAUGAAGACUCGGACUGAGGCAGACCUGUUGAAACAUUCACCGUCUUCCAUUGGGGUUUUUGGGGGCUGUGUAGAGAUUUUUUACAAACAUACAAUGGAUUGGUUGCUCUGUUUUUCAAUUGUAACUGAAUUUUGGUUCCAUUGUUUUGCUCAGACACCUCAGUUCUCAGCCCUCCGUGUAAAGUUUGUGAAUUUCAGAGCGUCGAGUGAAUGUGUUUUUUACAGUUUGCUUUGCUGAGUGCAUUUUCUACAUGUUGAACAUUUGUCUCGCUGCACAUUGGACUGGGAGGCAGAAUAUAUGUCGUGGAAAAUGGACCAAAACUCUAAGAAACACAUUCCAAACAUACAGAUUAUGUUCAGUCUGUUUACAGUUAGAGUUCCAGUGCAGAUUAAAAAUGGAUCGGGUGUGUGUUUUGCUAAGUUUAAAUGCUCGACUGGAAAGUUAUGAACUACUAAAUCCCAUUAAUGGAAUUGGAAACACUUGCAGCUUUGAGCUCUGUCAAAACAAGGCACAAUUAUAUCUUUAUGGGAUCAAUGCAACCUGUGUAUUUAUCUGUAAUAUUUCCCCGGUGAUCUGCUUGGUUGGACUAGAUUAUGUGCAUAAAUAGGCUAAGUAGGAGACAAGUUUUCUUUAAAGUUCCUUUCCCUCCUAUAUAAUGACAUGAAUCUAAUGUUACUCACAAUACCGCACAUGUUUCAGCCUGUGUUAUAACUCUUCCACUGCAAAGAACGAUCUAACAAUCCACUGUAUCCAUACAAAAUCUAUUUAAAUUCUACUUUCAAGCUUUUGAUGGUUUGAUUUCUUCUCUGGGAGCAAUUUUCGGGUUCUUAAUGCUGCUUUCUGACAUACUAUAUAGUCUUAAAAAGAAGUGCCUUGAAUAUGUGUGAAACAAAGAUAGCAAGAAUGUUUAGAUUAUGUAUCAAUGUGAACAUGUUUUUCUUUUCUGAACAUGAUUCUGUUGAAGAUUUCUAUCUGCUCUGUAUUCAACCUGCAAUAAAGAUUUUUAACUUAAAAUA